CUUCUCGUAUUCAAUUCGAAAACUGUAUAACAAGCAUUGUUUUGUGAGAAAAGAAGCAUGAAGAAGAUGAUGGGCUCUGGUUCAAAUGUUCACCCAGCAACAGUUGCAGAAAACAUCAAUGCAUACGAUGAUGUUCCUCAGGGAGUAGAGAUUAGAGGCCGAUACAGUGAAGAGUUUUCAAAAAUUCUCACCAGGAAUGCUUUGCAGUUUGUUGCAGAUUUGCAGCGAGAAUUUAGAAACCAUAUCAAGUAUGCAAUGGAGUGCCGUAAAGAGGCCAAAAGGAGGUACAACGAAGGGGCGUUACCAGGGUUUGAUCCCGCAACAAGAUAUAUAAGGGAAGAGGAGUGGACAUGUGCGCCUGUUCCACCUGUUGUUGCUGAUCGGAGAGUGGAAAUCACGGGCCCGGUGGAGAGGAAGAUGAUCAUCAAUGCACUCAACUCUGGAGCUAAAGUUUUCAUGGCUGAUUUCGAAGAUGCACUCUCGCCCAGUUGGGAGAAUCUUAUUAGUGGGCAAGUGAAUUUGAAGGAUGCUGUUGAAGGGACCAUAAGCUUCCAUGACAAAGCCAGGAACAGAGUUUACAAGCUCAAUAAUAAGCCGGCUAAACUAUUUGUCCGCCCACGAGGAUGGCAUCUGCCUGAGGCCCAUAUCCUUAUUGACGGAGAGCCUGCAACUGGCUGCCUUGUAGACUUCGGUCUAUAUUUUUACCACAACUAUGAAGCCUUCCCGCGAAACCAGGGUGACGGAUUUGGGCCUUUCUUCUAUCUCCCUAAGAUGGAACAUUCGAGGGAAGCAAAAAUAUGGAACUCUGUGUUUGAAAGGGCAGAGGCGAUGGCAGAAAUAGAAACAGGGAGCAUCAGAGCCACUGUUCUAAUCGAAACCCUUCCUGCAGUCUUCCAAAUGGAUGAAAUUCUGUAUGAGCUUAGAGAUCAUUCUGUUGGCUUGAAUUGUGGACGAUGGGAUUACAUCUUCAGCUAUGUGAAGACAUUCCAAGGCCACCCAGAUCGGCUGCUACCAGACAGGGUCCAGGUUGGCAUGUCUCAGCACUUCAUGAAAAGUUACUCUGAUCUCCUCAUCAGGACCUGCCAUAGACGCGGCGUUCACGCCAUGGGCGGCAUGGCAGCUCAGAUUCCGAUUAAAGAUGAUAAGGCCGCAAAUGAGGCAGCACUGGAACUUGUUCGGAAGGACAAGCUAAGAGAGGUCAGGGCGGGGCACGAUGGCACUUGGGCGGCGCAUCCUGGACUGAUCUCAGUCUGCAUGGAAGUCUUCAGCAACAACAUGGGGAAUUUCCCUAAUCAGAUACAAACACUGAAGCGAGAAGAUGCAGUGAACAUAACAGAAGAAGACCUCUUGCAGAGGCCUAGAGGAGUUCGAACCCUGGAAGGUCUUCGUCUAAAUACCAGAAUUGGAAUCCAGUACUUGGCAGCGUGGCUUACUGGAACAGGAUCAGUGCCUCUUUAUAACCUUAUGGAAGAUGCUGCCACAGCCGAGAUCAGCAGAGUCCAGAACUGGCAAUGGCUGAAAUAUGAAGUGGAAUUGGACGGAGAUGGACUUGGAGUGAAAGUGAGCCGUGAGCUCUUCGGUAGAGUUGUAGAAGAAGAGAUGGCUAGGAUUGAAAGGGAGGUGGGGAAAGAAAAGUUCAAGAAGGAAAUAUAUAAAGAGGCCUGUAAGAUGUUUACCAGGCAAUGCAUGGCGGCCACACUAGAUGAUUUUCUGACUCUGGAUGCCUACAAUCAUAUCGUCAUUCUUCAUCCAAGGGAAUCAUCUAGGCUCUAAAAAGGGUUUAACCAUGCCAUUUUCCUUCUCAUUCUCAGUGUUUGUGUGUCUCUUGUGUUACAAUAACCGCCUGUUUUCAUAAUAGGUCCACUGCUCAAUAACCCUUCCUUCAGGGACAGUAAUAAAGCAAACUCAUUAAUUUCUUUUUAUAGUUAA